AUGAGUUCUCAAGAUUAUAAGUUCGAGGGUUGGAUGGGAGAUAGCCCCGCGUCUGUAAAUGGCGCUAUGGAAUGGAGAGAAUUCAAGCCCAAGGAGUGGGAAGAGACCGAUGUCGAUAUCAAAAUCACCCAUUGCGGUGUCUGUGGUUCCGACUUACACGCCUUGCGUAGUGGAUGGGGCCCUACAAAUUAUCCCUGCUGCGUCGGACAUGAGAUCGUUGGCAUAGUCGUCCGAGUUGGCUCCAAGGCGGAAGGCGGCAUCAAAAUCGGCGAUCGAGUCGGCGUUGGUGCCCAAGGAGAAUCUUGUUUAGGUCGCAAGGGGCCCUGUGAGGACUGCGCAUCAGGAAAUGAGAGAUACUGCGGCCGUCACUGGGCAGGAACUUAUGACGGGGUUUUCAUGAAUGGAGAUAAAUCGUAUGGAGGUUAUGCGCUCUACAACCGCACCCCUUCCCAUUUCGUUGUGAAAAUCCCCGAUUCUAUCCCGUCUGCGGAAGCGGCUCCUAUGCUCUGUGGUGGAGCUACAACCUACACACCUUUAAAGCGCGACGGAUGUGGCCCAGGUAAAUCUGUUGGUAUUAUCGGAGUUGGCGGACUGGGCCACUUUGGUAUCCUCUUUGCAAAGGCCCUCGGAGCCGAUAAAGUAGUUGCUAUUUCCCGCAAGGGAAAUAAGAGGGAAGACGCCCUUAAGCUCGGUGCUGACGAGUAUAUUGCAACAGAUGAGGAUGAGGGCUGGGCUGAGAAAUAUAACCGCUCUCUAGACAUCAUCUUAUCCACCGUCUCAUCGGCAAAGAUGCCUCUGACCCAAUAUGUUGGCCUUCUAAAGGUUGGUGGCACGUUGACUCAACUAGGAAAUCCCGAUGAUGGCAAAUUGGCUAUCCCUGCCGGUGCAUUGAUCUUGAGAGGUGCAAAAUUGGGUGGCUCUGUUAUAGGUUCCCCAGGUGACAUUCGAGAAUUGUUGGCAUUGGCUGCCGAAAAGAAGAUAAAGCCCUGGAUUGAGGAACGGCCCAUGAAGGACGCAAAUCAAACCAUUCUAGACUUAAACGACGGCAAAGCACGCUACCGUUACGUGCUGGUCAAUGAGUGGUAG